AUGCCUUGUUGUAUCGGCAUCAUCCAGUUCCAGCGAUGUCGGCACAGCCUGCUCCUCAAGCUCGGCUGUACCAAUCACUGCGAAGAGCUCUGCCCUCCUGAAAUGCAGGUUGGGCUCGUCUCCACCAGCUACCUGUGGCUAUGCGAAGACUGUCACGAAAGGAAGACCAACAUCGAUCUCGACGACCGAUGUAACAAGUGGGCGGAUCUAAUGAUGGACAUUCCCGAGUGUGAUGCUCAACUUCGUAUCCACAUAGAGGACGCGGUCCGCGCCCGCGAAGAGUACGAGGAAGUAACAUGCGAAAAGUCACGAGUCGGUUGCAUAGAAGAGAUCCAGUGGGUGGUCGAAUGGACGUACGAGUAUGGUAUUAUGCUCUACGAUGUUUUGUUCAAGAAGAUGUGUGAGCCGCGAAAGGCUGCCGCUAGAAUGGACGAUUUGAGGGAAAUGAAAAUGCAUGAGUGGGAUCUCCUUGUCGUCAAGGAUGCUUUGCGGAAUCCCAAAGUGCUUUUCGAGGAGCAGUUGAACGAGACAUACUGGUUCAUCAAUGAUCAAUCCAAUGAGCAGUACUUGCUACGAAAGCAACUACAACAACCCCCUGUUUUCAACAGACCACCGGUUCCUUUGUUUCCCUGGAAGGGCAAAGAAGACGAGAGUCGUUCAAGCGAGAGCACUAAUACCCUGAUCAGUGAAGAUUUGGACGCUGAUGGGGAUAAGAUAAUCAUAGACAGCCAAGGCGAGCAGGCACAUACAGAACAUCGUUCUGCAACAUCGUCAUCUCCCACAGAAAGAGACAGCCAUUCCACCACAGACGUCACAGCAGUAAGGGAUUCAAGCAGGUCAGACCAGCCAGGGGACAUGGCUCUCGACGAAUGGUCUAUAGAAAAAAGCUCUUGUGAACCACAUUGGCCGAGUUACACAACGCCGGCACUAUGA